CUAGCUUUUAUUUAAUUAGGCAAGUCGGUUAAGAAUAAAUGAUUAUUUACAAUGACCGCCUACCACAAGGCCUCCUGCGGGGACGGGGGCCUGGGAUAAAAAAUAAAUUAUAUAGGACAAAACACACAUCACAACAAGAGAUACCGAAGACAACAUAACAAGGCUGCAACACAUGACAAGAUGGUACAAACAUUAUUGGAAAAAGUCAACAGCACAAAGGUCAAGAAGGUAGAGACAAUACACCACACAAAGCAGCCACAGCUGUCAGUAAGAAUCUCCACGAUUGAGUCUUUGAAUGAAGAGAUGGAGAUAAAACUGUUCAGUUUGAGUGUUUGUUGCAGCUCGUUCCAGUCGCCAGCUGCAGUGAACUGAAAAGAGGAGCGACCCAGGGAUGUUCAAUAGCCACAAAACCCAUUUCUACAAUUUAUCUUAAAAUUAUAUUUUAAACUCAACCUUAAUCACACUACUAAUCUUAUGCCUGACUAUAAACUUUAAGACAAAUAUAUAUAUUUUUUUAUAGACAAUUUUGAGUGUGUCUGUUUUAUGUCCCACCCUGUCUGUCGCGUUGAUGACGUGUACUUUUCAUGAGGUCAACAUUCUGCGCCGCCAGAUGAUACGAAGAUAUCAAGGAUGGGGACCCAAGUAAAAGAUGUAGUGAUCAAGUCUGAUGCCCCCAGUGCUCUACUGUUGGACAAGCAUGCAGACUAUAUUGCAGCCUACGGCUCCAAGAAGGAUGACUAUGAGUACACCCUGUCAGAGUAUCUGCGGAUGUCAGGUAUCUACUGGGGCCUGACGGUGAUGGACUUGAUGGGUCAGCUGACCAGGAUGAACCAACCGGAGAUCUCUGACUUCAUCAAGUCCUGUCAGCACGACUGUGGAGGCGUCAGCGCCAGCAUUGGACACGACCCACACGUCCUCUACACGCUCAGUGCUGUACAGAUCCUCUCGUUGUACGAUAACGUGAACGUGCUGGACGUGGACAAGGUGGUGGAGUACGUCAGAGGACUGCAGCAGGAGGAUGGCUCGUUCGCUGGAGACAAAUGGGGGGAGAUAGACACACGAUUCUCUUUCUGUGCUGUCGCAACACUCGCAUUGCUGGGUAGGCUGGAUGCCAUUAACAUGGACAAGGCUGUGGAGUUUGUUCUGUCCUGUAUGAAUUUUGAUGGAGGGUUUGGCUGCAGACCAGGAUCAGAGUCUCAUGCCGGACAGAUCUACUGUUGUACAGGGUUCCUGUCUAUAGCAGGUCAGUUACACCAGGUGAAUGCUGACCUGCUGGGCUGGUGGCUCUGUGAGAGACAGCUUCCCUCGGGCGGUCUCAACGGACGCCCUGAGAAACUGCCUGAUGUAUGUUACUCGUGGUGGGUGCUGGCCUCCCUGAAGAUCAUUGGUAGAAUCCACUGGAUAGACAAGUCCAAGCUGAGGUCCUUUAUUUUGGCCUGUCAGGAUGAGGAGACGGGGGGCUUUGCUGACCGACCAGGAGACAUGGUGGACCCAUUCCAUACUCUGUUUGGCGUAGCAGGCCUGUCUCUGCCCUCUUCCUCAUUCUGUCCCCUCUCUUCUACAGGUGGACCCAUUCCAUACUCUGUUUGGCGUAGCAGGCCUGUCUCUGCUGGGAGAGGGGCAGAUAAAGGAAGUCAAUCCUGUUCUCUGUAUGCCUGAAGACGUGUUGGAGAGGCUAGGCUUGCACCCAGACCUCCUCAGCUAGCACCUCACUCAUCUACACACACCAGGGUCGACCUCUUCACCUCCCCACCCUGUACCCCUCCACCCUGCACCCAUCCACCUCCCCGGGACACAGGGCUCAGGAGACGGGUGGUUUAAGGGGGACAGACUAGUGUUGUGUAUAGAGGAAGGCAGUAGUUCCUCCCAAGGACAUUUUAAAGGCUUGAUAGUUUGCUGUCCAGUAAAUUGUCACGAAGCAUCACAUCCUUUCUCUCUCUUGGGUCCUGGUCCUCUACACCUCUUGUCCCUGCAGCUAUAGUCUUUAACAGGUCAUCUAGCAGUAUGUCAUGACAACGUUUACACUGUCUAAUAUAGCACCCUAUUCCCUAAUAUAGUGCACUCGUUCUGAACAGGGCCCAUAGGGGAAAAGGGUGAUAUUUUUGGACACAACCCAGGAAGAACACAUCACUGCUGGUUCUUCACUCCCCUGGUAGUUAAUAUAUUGAUCGUUCACUCCCCUGGUAGUUAAUAUAUUGAUCGUUCUCUCCCCUGGUAGUUAAUGUAUUGAUCGUUCUCUCCCCUGGUAGUUAAUAUAUUGAUCGUUCUCUCCCCUGGUAGUUAAUAUAUUGAUCGUUCUCUCCCCUGGUAGUUAAUAUAUUGAUCGUUCUCUCCCCUGGUAGUUAAUAUAUUGAUCGUUCUCUCCCCUGGUAGUUAAUAUAUUGAUCGUUCUCUCCCCUGGUAGUUAAUGUAUUGAUCGUUCUCU